CCCCCGCCCCCGACCCGCCCGGGCAGAGGCGGUGGAGGCCGCCGCCCGCGGAAGAGCUCGCCGGCCGGCCGGCCGCGAGGAUGGAGAUAACGAGGAGCAAUUUUAAGGAUAAUCUCAGCAAAGUUUAUGAAGCUAUUGAAGAUGCAGAUUUUGUGGCUAUUGAUGGAGAGUUUUCAGGAAUUAGCGACGGACCAUCUGUUAGUGCAUUAACCAAUGGCUUUGACACGCCUGAAGAAAGGUAUCAGAAGCUUAAAAAGCAUUCCAUGGAUUUCUUGCUGUUCCAGUUCGGCCUUUGCACUUUUAAAUAUGAUCAGACAGAAUCUAAAUACAUCACAAAAUCAUUUAAUUUCUACAUCUUCCCCAAACCUUUCAAUAGAACAUCCCCAGAUGUCAAGUUCGUUUGUCAGAGUUCAAGUAUAGACUUUUUAGCAAACCAGGGAUUCGAUUUUAAUAAAGUUUUUCGCAAUGGGAUCCCUUAUUUAAAUCAAGAGGAGGAGAGGCAGCUGCGGGAACAGCACGAUGAGAGGCGCUCCCAGGCCAACGGGACUUUGGGGGCUUUGUCCUGCGUGUCUCCCAGAGCCACCAAGUGUCCCGUGAAGAUUCCAGACGACCAGAAAAAGUUCAUCGAGAAAGUGGUAGAAAGAAUAGAAGAUCUCUUACAGAAUGAAGGAAGCACAAAUUUGGAGCUGGAGCCAUGUACGGGGUUUCAGAGGAAACUAAUCUACCAGACCUUGAGCUGGAAGUAUCCAAAAGGCAUCCAUGUUGAAACUCUGGAAACGGAGAAGAAGGAGCGCUAUAUCAUCAUUAGUAAAGUGAAUGAAGAAGAGCGCAAGCAGAGAGAGCAGCAGAAGCAGGCGAAGCUGCAGGAGGAACUGAAGGACGCGGUGGGGUUUUCUCGGGUCAUUCACGCUCUGGCAAACUCUGGCAAGCUUGUGGUCGGACACAACAUGCUCCUGGACGUCAUGCACACCGUCCACCAGUUCUACUGCUCGCUGCCAGAGGAUCUCAGCGAGUUCAAAGAGCUGACGACGUGUGUCUUUCCAAGGCUGCUGGACACGAAAUUGAUGGCCAGCUCCCACCCGUUUAAGGAAAUCGUUAGCAACACGUCCCUCGCCGAGCUGGAGAAGCGCCUGAAAGAGACGCCCUUCAACCCUCCCCAAGUUGAAAGUGCCGAAGGGUUCCCAAGUUACAACACGGCGUCCGAGCAGCUCCACGAAGCUGGAUAUGACGCUUACAUUACUGGCCUGUGUUUCAUUUCCAUGGCGAAUUACCUCGGUUCAUACCUCAGCCCUCCAAAACCUCAUGUCUCUGCCAGAUCAAAGCUCAUAGAACCUUUCUUCAACAAAUUGUUUCUGAUGAGGGUGAUGGACAUUCCGUACCUCAACUUGGGAGGGCCGGACUUGCAGCCUAAGCGCGACCACGUCCUUUACGUGACGUUUCCCAAAGAGUGGAAGACGAGCGACCUUUACCAGCUCUUCAGUGCGUUUGGGAAUAUUCAGGUGUCCUGGAUUGAUGACACGUCCGCGUUUGUGUCGCUCAGCCAGCCCGAGCAAGUGCAGAUCGCCGUUAACACCAGCAGAUACGCCGAAAGUUACCGAAUCCAGACCUACGCAGAGUAUAUUGAGAAGAAGCACGAAGAGAAGAGGCAGGCAAAGAGGAAAUGGGCCGAAGACAGUUGGAAGGAGACUGAGGGAAAGCGCUUAAAAACACAGGUCACGCCGUACCUGCUUCAGAGCCGGUACGGUGUGAGCAGUUUUGCCGCGACCAGCCCUGGGGGGAAGAGGAGCAUGAGCCCCAUCCAGGAGGAGAGCGGCUGCGACGACCCGGAGGAGAGCCAAGGCCAGGAGGUGCCGCUGGAUCCUGCCGGUGCCGUUCCGGAGUCCAUGGAAGGGAAGGGAAGAGCCAGGGAGGCCAGCGGGGAGCCAGCCGCCGCAGGAGACCUCAAGGCCACCCCCACCCGGCUCUUUGACGUCCCGGACACCUGGUAGCCGCCAGCCCGGCACGCGGCCGGCUCCAGCCUGGGGAGGCUGCAGCACAGGCGGCCCCACAAGCGCUGCUUUCUCUGAACAGAGCGGGAUCCAUGAAUAAAAGAUCAGCAGGCUUCUGGAAGAGCAGUUUAAUUCUUUAAACUGUCCGCUGAACAAGCCUCGCCCUUUCUGUGCGUGCGUGCAUGUCCGUCUCGUUGCCUACGUGAACCUCCUUUGCUGUCGUAAACGCUAGAUCAAAAGGCCGUUGGGCUCCGACCGCCUCUCCGCGGCGUGUGGCCCGCAGAGCCGAGCAGGAUGAGCUCGCGCGUUUCGAGCUGGCUCGGCCGGUCUUUGCGGACAGCACAGCGUCCUCCGCAGGUCGGCUGCAUCCGGCUGUUCAUGCUUUCGGCCACUCGUCUCUUGCCGUCCGCAGUAGGAAAGCCCCUGCCGGCGUGUCCCCCACCACUAAAACCCGCUUCAGCCCAUCCUCCGCGUCUUGUGUUAAAGGAAAGGACAAAGGAAGACGCCUCCCUCAGAUCCCACAUCAUGUCUGGGAAGGGUGUUGAGCAAUGGGAGGGGGUGUCCCUUCCCUUGCAGUUUCCCCUCAGCUCGUGGUUUGUGUCCAGUAUUUAAAAAGACAAGCAGAAUCCUGUGACAUUCACCAGCCUUCCCUUGGUAUUUAAAAAAACUGCUUUGGUAGAUUUCAUAAACUUGGGUUGAAAUUUAACAUUUUUGUAUCAUGGAAAUGAGAGUGAAAUAUGUAUUUCCAUAAAGUGAAAAAUUAAAGAUUUUUUUCUUAUGAA